ACGUGCUCAGCGCGUUUCAUCGCAGUCCCGCGAGAACUGGGUUGCGUCUAUUCAGGCGGAACUACAUUUCCCAACGUGCACCGCGAGGUCGCUGGGAGGUGUUGCGCGCCCCUCCCGCCCGGGCUCGGAGAAACGCUGGUCCACUCUGCAGAUGGGGGCACAGGGGCCAGGGCCGGCUGAGAACGUCUCGGGGGUGGACGUGGAGAAAUGGAAUGGGGUCGGGGAGGGCUCGGCGGGACGGGUAUGCGAUGCGCAGCCAGUGCCGUUCGUCCCGCAGGUGCUGGGCGUAAUGAUCGGGACCGGAGUCGCGGUGUUGGUUACCGCCGUGCUCAUCGUCCUGCUAGUGCGGAGACUUCGAGUGCCGAAAACUCCAGCCCCAGAUGGCCCGCGGUAUCGAUUCCGGAAGAGGGACAAAGUGCUUUUCUAUGGCCGGAAGAUUAUGCGGAAGGUGUCACAGUCCACUUCCUCUUUGGUGGACGCCUCUGUCUCCACUACUUCCCGACCACGCAUGAAGAAGAAACUCAAGAUGCUGAACAUUGCCAAGAAGAUCCUACGCAUCCAGAAAGAGACACCAACGCUGCAACGGAAGGAGCCCCCGCCUGCGGUGCUCGAGGCUGACCUGACAGAGGGUGACCUGGCCAACUCCCACUUGCCCUCCGAGGUGCUCUACAUGCUCAAGAAUGUCCGGGUGCUGGGCCACUUCGAGAAGCCGCUCUUCCUGGAGCUCUGCCGGCACAUGAUCUUCCAGCGGCUCAGCCAGGGCGACUACGUCUUCCGGCCCGGCCAGCCAGAUGCCAGCAUAUACGUGGUGCAAGAUGGGCUGCUGGAACUCUGCCUGCCAGGGCCUGACGGGAAGGAGUGUGUGGUGAAGGAAGUGGUCCCUGGGGACAGCGUCAACAGUCUUCUGAGCAUCCUGGAUGUCAUCACUGGUCACCAGCACCCCCAGCGCACCGUGUCCGCCCGUGCAGCCCGAGACUCCACCGUGCUGCGACUGCCAGUAGAAGCAUUCUCCGCCGUUUUCACCAAGUACCCUGAGAGCUUGGUGCGGGUGGUGCAGAUCAUCAUGGUGCGGCUGCAGCGGGUCACCUUCCUGGCCCUCCACAACUACCUGGGUCUCACCAAUGAGCUCUUCAGCCACGAGAUCCAGCCCCUGCGCCUCUUCCCCAGCCCUGGCCUCCCCGCCCGAACCAGCCCUGUGCGAGGCUCCAAGCGUGUUGUCAGUGCCACAGCAACUGAGGAGCCCAGGGAGGCCCCUGGCCGGCCACCUGACCCCACUGGGGCCCCUCUGCCUGGACCUGCAGGGGACCCGGUGAAGCCCCCAUCCCUGGAAGCGCCCUCCGCCCCACUGCUGAGCCGCUGCAUCUCCAUGCCUGUGGACAUCUCAGGCUUGCAGGGUGGCCCUCGCUCGGACUUCGACAUGGCAUAUGAACGCGGCCGGAUCUCUGUGUCUCUGCAAGAAGAGGCCUCAGGGGGGCCCCAGGCAGCCCCCGUGCGGACCCCCACUCAGGAGCUUCGGGAGCAGCCGGCAGGAGCCUGUGAGUACAGCUACUGUGAAGAUGAGUUGGCCACAGGUGGCUGCCCCUUCGGGCCUUACCAAGGUCGCCAAACCAGUAGCAUCUUUGAGGCAGGAAAGCGGGAGCUGGCCAAGUUGAUGCGGAUCGAGGACCCCUCCCUCCUGAACAGCCGAGUCUUGCUACAUCAUGCUAAAGCUGGCACCAUCAUUGCCCGCCAGGGGGACCAGGAUGUGAGCCUGCACUUCGUGCUCUGGGGCUGCCUGCAUGUGUACCAGCGCAUGAUUGACAAGGCGGAAGACGUGUGCCUCUUCGUGGCACAGCCCGGGGAGCUGGUUGGGCAGCUGGCUGUGCUCACCGGGGAGCCUCUCAUCUUCACAUUGCGAGCCCAGCGCGACUGCACCUUCCUGCGGAUCUCCAAGUGUGACUUCUAUGAGAUCAUGCGCGCACAACCCAGUGUGGUGCUGAGCGCCGCGCACACGGUGGCUGCCAGGAUGUCUUCCUUUGUGCGCCAGAUGGACUUUGCCAUCGACUGGACCGCGGUGGAGGCGGGACGGGCUCUGUACAGGCAGGGUGACCGCUCCGACUGCACCUACAUCGUGCUCAAUGGGCGGCUGCGCAGCGUCAUCCAGCGUGGCAGUGGCAAAAAGGAGCUGGUGGGCGAGUAUGGCCGCGGGGAUCUCAUUGGCGUGGUGGAAGCGCUGACACGGCAGCCACGCGCCACCACGGUGCACGCGGUGCGCGACACGGAGCUGGCCAAACUCCCAGAGGGCACCCUGGGCCACAUCAAACGACGAUAUCCGCAGGUCGUGACCCGCCUCAUUCAUUUGCUGAGCCAGAAAAUUUUGGGGAAUUUGCAGCAGCUGCAAGGACCCUUCCCAGCAGGCUCGGGACUAGGUGUCCCCCCUCACUCGGAACUCACCAACCCAGCCAGCAACCUGGCCACGGUGGCGGUCCUGCCUGUGUGUGCCGAGGUGCCCAUGGUGGCCUUCACACUUGAGCUGCAGCACGCUCUGCAAGCCAUCGGCCCCACACUCCUCCUCAACAGUGACAUCAUCCGGGCACGCCUGGGUGCCUCUGCACUGGACAGCAUCCAAGAGUUUCGGCUGUCGGGGUGGCUGGCCCAGCAGGAGGACACCCACCGCAUCGUGCUCUACCAGACAGACCCAUCCCUGACGCCCUGGACCCUGCGCUGCCUGCGCCAGGCGGACUGCAUUCUCAUGGUGGGCCUGGGCGACCAGGAGCCCACGCUUGGCCAGCUGGAGCAGAUGCUGGAAAAUACCGCGGUGCGCGCCCUCAAGCAGCUUGUCUUGCUGCACCGCGAGGAGGGUGCAGGCCCCACGCGCACUGUGGAGUGGCUCAACAUGCGCAGCUGGUGCUCAGGACACCUGCACCUGCGCUGUCCCCGCCGCCUCUUCUCGCGCCGCAGCCCAGCCAAGCUGCAUGAACUGUAUGAGAAGGUGUUCUCCAGGCGCGCAGACCGGCACAGCGAUUUCUCCCGCCUGGCGCGGGUGCUCACUGGCAACACCAUCGCUCUGGUACUAGGUGGAGGUGGGGCCAGGGGCUGCUCACACAUUGGGGUGCUGAAAGCAUUAGAGGAGGCAGGGGUCCCUGUCGACCUAGUGGGCGGUACCUCUAUUGGCUCCUUCAUUGGGGCCCUUUACGCGGAAGAGCGAAGCGCCAGCCGCACUAAACAGCGGGCCCGGGAGUGGGCCAAGAGCAUGACCUCGGUGCUGGAGCCUGUGCUGGACCUCACAUACCCCGUCACAUCCAUGUUCACGGGGUCAGCCUUCAACCGCAGCAUCCACCGUGUCUUCCAGGACAAGCAGAUUGAGGACUUGUGGCUGCCGUACUUCAAUGUGACUACAGACAUCACUGCCUCAGCCAUGCGUGUUCACAAAGAUGGCUGCGUGUGGCGCUACGUCCGGGCCAGCGCCUCCUACUGCCCCUACCUGCCCCCGCUGUGCGACCCCAAGGACGGGCACCUGCUGGUGGACGGGUGCUACGUCAACAACCUGCCAGCGGACAUCGCCCGUAGCAUGGGUGCCAAGACGGUCAUUGCCAUUGACGUGGGGAGCCAGGACGAGACAGACCUCAGCACUUACGGAGACAGCCUGUCUGGCUGGUGGCUGCUGUGGAAGCGGCUAAACCCCUGGGCCGACAAGAUCAAGGUUCCAGACAUGGCCGAGAUCCAGUCGCGCCUGGCCUACGUGUCCUGCGUACGGCAGCUAGAGAUCGUCAAGUCCAGCUCCUACUGCGAGUACCUGCGCCCCCCCAUUGACUGCUUCAAGACCAUGGACUUUGGGAAGUUUGACCAGAUCUAUGAUGUUGGCUACCAGUACGGGAAGGCUGUGUUUGGGGGCUGGAGCCGGGGCGAUGUCAUUGAGAAGAUGCUCACGGACCGGAGGUCUGCGGACCUCAUCGAGAGCCGCCGCGCCGACGUCCUGGCCUUCCCCAGCUCUGGCUUCACGGACUUGGCGGAGAUUGUGUCCCGGAUCGAGCCUCCCACCAGCUACGUUUCUGAUGGCUGUGCAGAUGGGGAGGAGUCAGACUGCCUGACCGAGUAUGAGGAGGACGCGGGCCCAGACUGCUCCCGGGACGAAGGGGGCUCGCCCGAGGGCGCCAGCCCCAGCACCGCCUCAGAGAUGGAGGAGGAAAAGUCGGUUCUCAGGCACCGGCACUGUCUGCCACAGGACCCUCCCGGCGCGGCUGCGGAGGCCUGAGGACCUGCAGGGGGGCCCCCAGAGCUGGCUCCCCCUCUACUCGCUGCUAUGCCCGCGACCUCCCGGGCCCACACACUGGACUGUGCACUGAUGACCCUGGAAAGCCCCUCCCAAUAAACCUCCCCCCUGGA